AUGGUUUUAGGUUUUGGUUCUUUUGGAUUUGGAGGGAUGGAGUCUCAGGUGAAGCACGCUCUUGUUGUCAAAGUUAUGGGUCGUACUGGAUCCAGGGGACAGGUGACCCAGGUUAGAGUUAAGUUUUUGGAUGAUCAGAACCGUCACAUUAUGAGGAAUGUGAAAGGACCUGUGAGAGAAGGUGACAUUCUCACCCUACUCGAAUCUGAGAGGGAAGCAAGAAGAUUGCGCUAG